UGUCAAUCCCAUACUGUCAUGAAUUUAAAUUUUAAUAUUUUUUGGUCCGAAUAUUUUUAAAAUUAUAAACUGGUUUCAGCUUUAAAAGCUCUACUAAUUGCGCUAAUUAUAAUGGGUAAGUCGAAUUUAAUAAAUGCUUCCUUUAAUUCGAAGGAUGCGGUAAAAUUUGAAAAAUGCGCGCUGCUGGUUACCUGUACAAUACAAACAUUUACCAUUUUACCUCAAUUUAUAUUCUCGAACAAUCAUUCGCAAAAUGACUCUUACUAAUAAAGAUAUCGACGUGUAUUUUCACAUGAAAAAUCAUUAUUUGAAACUUAGAAAUGCUAAAAGCACGUUUAUUUUUUCUCCCAAAAAAGCUCAAGUCAAAUCCGGUUGCAGUUUACCUGAAAAAUAUCAGAAAAUGAAGGAGUUUGAAGAUAAGCACUUUAAAAACAAGCACUGCCUCCCAUAUUACAACAACGAUUCAGCCGCGAAUAUUCCAUCUUUCUACCACUCGGAAUUCAAAGGGGAAUCCAAUAUAUUAAGUGAUAACAGACCUUCUACACGAAGGAACGCCGCCGAAUUACCUCCACCUCCCAAAAUAGUAAAACCAAGAACAGUGCCUUACGAAAAAUACACUCAUCCAAAAUCAGCCAAAGCCAGAACGACAGAGAAGAAGAAGAAAUCUUCACCGUCUCCAAAGAAAAGCAAUUCUCCUAACAGGAACAUGCCCGCGCCAGGAAAUUCCAGGAACGAUUCUCUAAGUUCCCGCAGCGGCGGCAAGGACAGAAGGAGCACCCCCACAGGAAACUCCAAAAGAAGUUUAUCUCUGAGCUCGCAAAGCGGUCACGAAAUAGACGGAGAUGCCAAAGUUACCUCUCCCAUAACGCCAACGAAACGAAGUUCCAGAGAGACUAGAAGGAACGAAAAAAUCGAAGAACACGAGUAUUUGGUAUUUUUACUCAGAGUAACCGAAGAUAUAAUAAUGAAUAACUAUUACUUAAAUGAAGACAUCGAGCGUGUGUUCAAAGAACACAUGGAGAAUAACAAAAACAGGCUAGAUAAAGAAAAAAUGGAACAACAUUUGGCUACUUUGGCCGACGAACUUCACAUUUACGACGUCCAAACGAAUUUUCCUGCCGCCGAAAAUUCCUGCAACGUCCAAAAAUCUUUUUAUAAUCCCAACGUUCAAAAUUUCAUGGACUUGGAAUGCGAUAAUAAUCAACCCAACGUUAAUUUAGACUUGUAUCUAAAUCCUCCCGUUGACCCGAAUUAUUACUACAAUCAAACCUACCAGAACAAUUUGGACGAAAUUAUUUAUUACAGGCAUAGUCUCGGUAGAUUAACUGAACAUACAGAACCGACUAAUUCAUCAACCACAAUAGGCAAUGCGGUCUCGACUUGUCCCACUAAAUCCAACAACAACCUCUCCGAGACCAUGCUGAUGGAUUUAAGCGAAUCGAAGCUAAAAAUAUUCGACACCAGAUCCGCUGUGUUUAUACGAAAAAACAGCGAAGGAAGCAUUUGCCCCUCUAAGCAACUGCGGAUCGCUAUAAGCGAAAACAUCAUGCACCAAAACGAUUUGAACGAAGAAUCCGAAACCGAUUUCAACAAUGAAAUCAAACCGGACCAGAACGAGAAUGUGGUUGAGUUCAAAAGUGAACAGAAGAAAACGGUAGAUGCUUCAGAGAAUGUAGUCAUAGAUGAGGCCCCUGUUGUUAUAUGCAAAGAUAGUUUACAGAAAAUCGACGAUGAAAUAGAAGAGAUACAAGAGCAUUCGAAUGCCGAUAGAUUCAGAACGGAAAGAGGCUCUAACGUUGCGGAACUGACGGAUAAAGAAAGCAAUCAGUUUCUGAAAUCGGAGAAGAGCGAUUUCAGUACCGACAGUACGGAAAAAUACGAAUUAGCCGAGAAAUAUAGAACGUCUCGAUUUAAAACGAGUCUACCUGAACACAAGAAAUGUAUCGCUAGCGAAUUAAUCGUAAACGAUUCGUCUACGACUGUUUAUAGCGAUUUUACGACCGAAAAAAGCGAAAUUAACGACGAAAAACGUACCAACUGUAAUACUGAAGAAACCCACGAAAAAAUUGGAGAUUUCGAUACGAGCAAAAGGCCCGUUAUCGAUAACAAAGUGGCCGAAAAAGGCGAUUUCGAAACCGAUAAUAAAGAAGAUAAAUCAAUCAAAAGCGGUUUCCAUUUACACCAGAAAUACGACAUGCGAUUGAACCUCGACUUCGCCAGAGAUUCCAUAGAGAGCAUGGUGCCCAGUCCGUAUUUGGAAACAGCCAAAGAAUUUCCGAACGUUGAGGAAUCGAAGAGUUACUCGAUAUUCCCCAUCGAUAGGAGACCAGUGGAGGAAGCGGACAAAUCCGUGCAAACUUCCCACCGCAUAGAAACCGACAGUAAAUGCGUACAAAUGUCUUGCGCCUACACCACCAUUUCUUGUUGUACCGAAGAAAACGAUUUCCAUGUCGACGUGAACGAUUACGUGUUGAUCACCAGUCCCGUGUACGUGCUGAAAAGCGUCCUGCGCUCGCCCGGCAAGAUCGUCAUCGAGAAGGACGAGUUCCUCGAUCGAUUGGACGAGGGUCAUUCGGAGGCGAAUUCGCUGGAUACGAAGCUGCUGGGCACCGAUUACGAUCUGACGCCCGAGCGGGACACGACGGUGGUCCCGUCGGGCGCGCGCGUCCCCUCGUUGGCCUCCAUCCAGGAGGAUAAUCUGCUGUUGACCGGCGUCUACGAUUUGCACGAAAUUGAGGCGGAUAAGGAGCUGGAUACGGACGGUUCCGGCACCUACAGAUGCCUGGACGUUUCCAAAUCGAUGAGCUGCGACGAUGAAAUUUUUCAUAGGAAAUCUGAGGUGCUCGUUACGAGGAACAGUCUGUCGGAUAGGGAGGUGAGGACGUCGUCGCAGGCGAGGCGAUUUCAUAAAUUAAAACAGAUCCAAAUGCUUGUUAGUAACAGUACAUCAUCGGCUUCAUUAAAUUCCUAAAUUAAUAAAAAGUACAAAACCGGA